CACUAGCUCCCUCGUGUGCUAAAUCCUAUGUAAUUAUAUAUACAGUGACUGCUCUAGCACUCUAGUCCACCAGGUGGCGGUAAGCAGCUCUCCAGUCCGCCAUAACCCAUCACCGAGAAGAAGUAGAAGAAGUUGCUGUAUUUACAUUAGUGUAGCUUUUUUUUUCGGCGUGACCACAGAGAGAAUCCUCCCAGAAGCAUGAAGUCAUAGGUCGGGAAUUAGGUUAUAACAAAUAAUUAUAUCACGCCUUAUAUUUAUAACACUAGGUAAUACACGCGAAUUGCGCCGUAAUCCAGGUUGUUUACUCAUGUUAUGCGCCAUCGUUAAUAUUUUAUAGCUAAUUUUCUUUCCCAGGAGCUGAGAUAGUUAGUUGGUUAGUUAGUGGAAAAUGUCGAAAGCCGGAGCAAAGGCGGGAGCUCAGGCUGAUCCCGGGUCAGUCGUCUCGGAUCCACAGCAUUCCCAGAAGCUUUUAAGAUCCCUGCGUUCCUUCAGAGAAGAUGGGAGUUUCCAGGACGCUGUUUUGGUUUUGGAAGGUGAAGAAAUCCCUGUACAGAAAAAUAUCCUGGCAGCCGCGAGCCCAUAUAUCAGGACCAAGCUAAAUUACAACCCACCCAAAGAGGAUGGCUCGACAUACAGAAUCGAGCUGCAGGGCAUCUCUAUGCCCAUCAUGAAGCAGAUCCUGGACUACAUAUUCAGUGGAGAGAUCUCUCUGAGUGAGGACACUAUCCAGGACGUGGUGCAGGCUGCUGACAUGCUGCUCCUCACCGACCUCAAGUCACUGUGCUGUCAGUUCCUGGAGAGCUGCAUCACGGCGGAGAACUGCAUCGGCAUCCGGCUCUUCUCCCUGCACUACUGCCUACACCACGUGCACCACGUGGCCACCGAGUACCUGCAGACGCACUUCAGGGACGUGGUGGACACGGAGGAGUUCCGCGAGCUGCCGCCCGAGCGUCUGUGCGAGCUGUUAGCCAUGGAGAAACUCAACGUGGGUAAUGAGAAGUACGUGCUGGAGGCCGUGGUGCGCUGGCUCGCCUACGACAUCGAGGCCCGUCGGGUGCACAUGAAGGAGGUGAUGUCUGCAGUGUGGGUGCAGGGCCUGGACCAGAGCUACCUCCAGGAGCAGAUGGUGGGAGACCCGCUCAUGAGGGAGGUGAUUGGCGAGUGCUGCAUGGAGUCUUUAAGAGGUGCAGCACAGCAUGGAGAGGCACUGCUCGCUGCCUUCAAACCCCGCGGCUACUCUGAGUGCAUCGUCGUUGCAGGGGGUGAGGACAGGGCCACACGGAAGCCGUCUGCAGUGACGCGCUGCAUGUGCCCUCUUUAUGACAGGAACCGGCAGCUGUGGAUCGACCUGCAGCCCAUGAAUGAGAGACGAAUUGGUCAUGGGGUGGUCACUGCCGAUGGCUGCCUUUUUGCAAUCGGGGGAAUGGAUGAAAACAAGACUGUGUUGAGUAGUGGAGAAAAAUACAACCCAGAGACUAACACCUGGACGCAUAUUCCACCAAUGAACCAGGCGAGGCAGCACUUUUGUAUUGCUGAGAUGGAUGGCCUAAUCUUUGUGCUGGGUGGGGAGAAUGAGGACACUGAAGUCCUCCUCACAAUGGAAGUGUUUGACCCUCACCUUAAUAACUGGAUGACCCAGACCAGCAUGACUACUGUCCGAAAGUUUGGUUGCUGUGCUACAAUGAAGAAGAAGCUCUAUGUCAUGGGAGGAGGGUCUUAUGGGAAGAUUUAUGACUCGGUGGAAUGUUACGACCCCAAGACUCAGCAGUGGACUACACUCUGCCCUCUAAAGGAGAGGAGGUUUGGCGCGGUGGCGUGUGGUGUAGGUCAGGAGCUCUAUGUGUUUGGAGGAGUGAGGAGCAGAGAUGCAGACAACCCCGAGUCCAGUCAAAUGACUAUCUGCAAAUCGGAAUUCUUUCACGAUGAGUUGAAAAGAUGGGUGCUGCUCGAUGAUCAGAACCUGUGCAUACACACCACAUCAUCAUUUGUAUAUGGAGCUGUUCCCAUUGGGGCCAGUAUAUAUGUGGUAGGAGAACUGGACACGGGCACCAGUUACGACUACGUGCGAGAGUUUCGGCGCAGCACCGGCACUUGGCACCCGACUCGCCCUCUCCUGCCUUCAGACCUGUGCAAGACCGGCUGUGCUCCACUCCGCAUCGCUAACUGUAAGCUGUUCCGGCUGCAGCUGAAACAGGGUCUGUUCCAGAUCCGAGUGCCAUCCACGUAA